UCAGAUAUCACUUUUGACGUGCAAAUAACUUUUCUCAGAAAAAUCAACGAGGCUAAAGUUUUGAUGCGACCCCAACAUGUAACAUAAGAACGCGUACUUUAUGUUCCAGUUGCAGGACAACUAGUCCCAACAACACAACUAGCUUCUCAGAAAAAUCCCUCAAUUGCUCGCUCACUAUGCCUCUACUAUUUCUUUUGUUUUCAUGUGAACAAACAAACAGCAUUUAUAUACACAACUCACUUUUCAUUCUUACUAGUUACUAGUUGCAACCUGAGCCUAUAAUCUGCAUAUUCAUAAUCUCACAAGUCACAACCACGCCUUAAAAUAUUUUUAUAAUUACUACUAGUACUUUUUAAAUUCAACUUAAUUCAAAUUUUAAUUAUUUCAUCUCUAAGGUCUAAGCAUUAAUUGAGAUAGAUAUUUCCCCAACAACAUCAAUCACUAACUCAAAUUCGUCUUUAUAGUCAACAAAAACAUUCACAUAGUUUUCCAAUUCCUCCUUAAAAAUUCCAAAUUAUAACCUCAAAUUUCAAUAUCUUUUCAUCAGGAAAUGUCUCAUCACAAAACAAACCUCUCUAUUAUUCUCUUCACAGCAAUCUUCAUACUCUGUUCAACAGCAACAACAUCUAAAAACAACAAUAACUGCCACCGCAGAUGCGGAGACCAAACCGUGAAAUUCCCAUUCGGAUUCUCCGAUGAUUGUGAAGUCAAACUAAACUGCACCAACAAAAAAGUCAAAAUCGGCGAAUUAACCGUUCAAGAAGUGAAUUCCGAUAGCAUAUUCAUAUAUUUACCAGCGAAAUGCAACCGUAGCACGAGUUUCAUAACCCCACUUUUCAGCAAAAAUUUCGCUCCAACAUGGAACAACAGUUUCCUCGUACAAAAUUGUAAUUCAAAACUUGGUGGUUGUGUUAUUCCAACUUCUCUUUUCUUUGGAACAAAGAUAGAUGUUGAAGCUGGUUGUGAUGAUUCAAGAAGGAGGAAUGAUAACAUCACUUGCUUCACACAAUUGCAGCGUCGAAGAGUGCGUGAAGAUGUUCUUACUCUUGAGGAUUGGAAUAGAAUUGGAUGCAAGUUUUUGUUCUCUGCUAUUGCCGUUGUUGAUCGCGAAAGAGUUCAAGAUGUUCCGAUUCAGUUAGAGGUUGUUGAGUUAGGGUGGUGGCUUCAAGGUUCUCCUCGAUGUUCUCAAGAUGCUAAUCGCACGGUGGUUCAUCUUGCCGGAGAAAAACAAGGUUUCCGGUGUCGUUGCCAUGAAGGUUUCGUCGGAGAUGGGUUUUCCAACGGCUCCGGUUGCCAGAGAGCUUCUCAUUGCAGUCCUAAAACACAAGGGUCUGGAAGAUGUGGAAAAGCACUCAGAAUUGGUGUACUUCUUGGAGUGAUCACAAUUGGAGCCUCCGUAGCGGCUGCACUAUUUCUACUAUGCUACUACGCCAAGCGUCGUUCGACAUGGCUGACAAAACAAUUGACAGUAAAGCGUCUAUUAAGAGAAGCUGCAGGAAACCAUAUUGUUCCUCUCUAUCCCUACAAAGAAAUAGAGAAAGCCACAAAUUUUUUCUCUGAGAAACAUAGGCUAGGAACCGGGGCUUAUGGCACGGUUUACGCAGGAAACCUUCACAAUGAUGAAUUGGUUGCUAUAAAAAAGAUCAAGUAUCGAGACACCAACAGCGUUGAUCAAGUAAUGAAUGAGAUCAAGCUCCUUUCUUCGGUUAGUCACCCGAAUUUAGUACGCCUUUUAGGUUGCUGCAUAGAAAAAGGAGAGCAUAUACUUGUUUACGAGUAUAUGCCAAACGGAACAUUAUCUCAACAUUUACAAAGAGAGAGAGGUGGAACACUUCCUUGGACAAUAAGACUCACCAUUGCCUCAGAAACUGCUAAUGCUAUAGCAUAUCUCCAUUCAUCAAAUAAUCCUCCAAUUUAUCAUAGAGACAUAAAAUCUAGUAACAUAUUAUUGGACUUUAGCUUUCAAUCAAAAGUUGCAGAUUUUGGACUUUCACGGCUUGGCAUGACAGAAACAUCACAUAUCUCAACAGCGCCACAAGGGACACCAGGUUAUGUUGAUCCGCAAUACCAUCAAAACUUUCAUCUUUCUGAUAAAAGUGAUGUAUACAGCUUUGGAGUUGUUUUGGUAGAGAUAAUAACAGCAAUGAAAGUAGUUGAUUUUAGUAGACCUCAAAGUGAGAUUAAUUUAGCAGCACUUGCUGUUGAAAAGAUUAGGAAGGGUCAUACAGAUGACAUCAUAGAUCCUUUCCUUGAUCUACAUAGAGAUGCUUGGACACUCUAUUCUGUUCACAAGGUAGCUGAACUUGCAUUUAGAUGCCUCGCUUUUCAUAGCGAAACGAGGCCUAGUAUGAUUGAAGCGGCCGAGGAGCUAGAUCAUAUCAGACGUAGUGGAUGGACGACAAUGGAGGAUGCUUCAUCGGUUGGUUCUGCCUGUUCAUCACCUCGUAUUGGAAAUGAUAAUUUAGUCUCAAAGAGUGAGAUUUUGGUUGUUUCACAAAAGAGUAAUAGAUUUUUGGAACCAAUAGAGGAGGUGAAGAAUAGUUCACCUGUAUCUGUGCAUGGUAAUUGGUCAAGUAGACCUAGUUCACCUUCAACAAACAGCUUGUUGGGAAAUGUUGUUCAGUGAAAUGUACUUAUUCUUGGUUGAAAACAUGCACUUGUGAAUCACUAAGGAAUUUAACAGAUUUCUUUUCUCUUUUACAGUUAUAAUUAAGCUAUACCUAUUUUGGUGUGUGAAUAGUAUUAGAAUUGUAUAGGAAGUAAACUGUGAAAAACCACUAUUUGAAGAAUAAGCUGGAAAUAACUAACACUUGAGCCUAUAAUUAUCUUGUUUAUAAUUUGAUUAGUGAAGGAAGGUUUCUUGGUG